CUUGUAGCAUCUUGAAGUGCAGCUAUUUGACUCAUGCGUGUAGGACUGAAUGAGCUGAAUCAGAGAAGGAAUGGCGAACCAGGGCGCGAAGAAGAGAAGGGAGCAGAACCUUCGCCACAUGAAGAACCUUCUUCGCCUUGUCAUCGCUUCCAACGUUAUAUAUGUUGUGGUGAGGAUGCUUUUCUUCCAUUCUACUUUUACUUGGAAGCAUUGGGUGGGCCUCAUUGUGACAUCAGUGGCCUAUGCAAUUCCUUAUCAACAACUUGCAAAAAUGGCAAAUCCAACAUAUGCUGAUGAUGGAGAACUUUUAGAUGGCGGGUUUGAUAUGAGCACCGGUGGAGUCUGUGGUUACCUCCAUGAUGUGAUCUACAUAACAAGCUUCGUACAACUCAUGUCCAUCAUUUCUGGCAAAUUUUGGUACACGUAUCUGGUGAUACCCGGAUUUGGUUUAUACAAACUUUUGCCUUUUUUACGAGGAUUUCUCCCUCAGGGUUCGGAGGGAGAAGUCGAAGAUGAAAAGACACGCAAGAAAAGGGAAAAGAUGGAGAAGAAGGCUUCAAGACCCAAAUUUGUUAAAACAAGAAACAGGUAAUUGCUUUUAUGCUUUGUUUCUAAUCAAGGGAUCAGAUUCAACAAAGUGUAAUAGAAUCCAGAGUAUCUCAAUCAUGAGUUUGGGCCCGUCUGAUCAAAGAAAGGCUGCGAACUACCUCGGUUUAUGCCCAUUGCUAAUAGCAUCAUUACCAUUAAUAUAAAUACAUUUGUUAAGAUA